AUGGAAUGUUUUAUACCGCUGCAUAGCGACCUUAAUGGAAAUGAUAUAGAACAAUUACGUCAGUCACAUACGUCCCGUAAAUUCAUUAUAUUCGACGAGCAAUUGAAUCUUUGGCUACGGUUUCAGGAUGAUACACAGACAAACAAGAGAUUCGAACUGCAGAAUAUGAUAAUAUCUAUAAAUGAAGCUCAAGUAACAAGUACGACUGAUAUUGACGAUUUUUUUACUCAGGUUGGCGAGAAGCUCUGGAAAUUGAAAGAUGACCGCUGCUCAAAAGCUCUCUUCAAAUCGAAUGUGGUUAUGAAUAACGGAUAUAAUAAUCAGAUUAAAUUUUUGUUUGAGUAUAAGUCAGUGGAUGCAGAUCUCAGCAAUCGCGACUCCUCACCAGUUUCAGACGGUAGCAUUGCGAUGGGGAAAAAAAGUGGCGAAGAAAUUUUGUCAAGUUUUGAACCAGUUUAUUCUUGGUCAUCGACGGCCAUUACAUCAACCAGUAUUUCCAAGGUGCAUAAGCAAAACAAUACUAAAACAGCCCAUCUAGACACUUCUAGAAAUGGCGAAACUCUUCAAGCGGACCAAGAUAUGUUUAGUUUAAAGCUACAGUAUCCAAUAUAUUCGCUUUUAAAUAUGAGACUGAGAAACACAUCUUUGAAAUCCGAACAUUGCAUACUAUCAUCGUUAGAUUUUCAAACUUCUAAAGCAUCCGAGCAACUAACGAAGAGAUUCAUUUAUCCCCAAGAGCACAAUUCACUUCUCAAACUAAAUUUUCAUGAAAUAUCGUACAAACUGAUUGAUGGAACAUCACAAAUUAAGUUAGAUCCAAUUUGUCCCCUCAAAGUGCCAUUUACUGCUUUUUCAUACGAUAGUAUUAGCGCUACUUUCAAGUUGGUACUAUUACCCAAAUUGACCCAGCCGCACCGCGUAAGAAUCACUCUGGUAUAUGAACUUGACUUAUCGUGUGGCUUGAAGUUGCCAGUAAGAACUUCAUGGGAAACGGAAGUAACACUCAAACGUUCCAUGCCAAUUUCCUCGGCAUCUUCUCAGUACUCUAGCACCAACAACAUCAUCAAUCAUAACACCUACUUGAAUGGCACCAACAACAUCAAUAGCGGUAGCUUGAUGAACAACUUGAGAAUAGGCGGGAUUUCUUCAUCAAGAUUCAGUCUUGGAGCCAUCUCGACUACGUCCCUAGUGAACAAUAAAUUAAACAAUGUAAAAUUUAAGUUUGUUAAUAACAACAUCAAGGUUAUUAAGGGUGAAAAAUUCACUAUGAGGCUUCAGAUCAUAAAUUCAUCACCAUCGCCGCUGGAUCUUGUUGUAUACUAUAACAAUACAAUAAACCCGAUCACAUCAGCGAAUAUUGUACGCAACAAUACCGGUAUCAACAUCUACGGUAUGCAUAAUGGAGGCAUCUCCAAUCCGUCAUUAACAUUAGAAAAGCAAUGCCAAUUGUAUAAAAAACACAGCAAGAUUGCAGAGGGCAUUAUACUGCUAUCAAACGAUUAUAAAGUUCCAGUGGUGCCCCCGAGUGAAACAUAUUUUGUAGAUUUACGAUUUAUUGGAAUUAUGUCCGGAUAUUAUGCCACUCUUUCUGGGCUCAAAGUAUUGGACUUGAACACAAACGAACUUAUUGAAGUCGGAAUUGGUGCAUCUGUGCUAGUCCAAUAG